AGAGAUGCGUCAGAGGUUGUUGCGCACAGUCAAGAAGGAGGUGAAGCAGAUUAUGGAGGAGGCGGUGACCAGGAAGUUCGUGCACGAGGACAGCAGCCAUAUUAUCUCCUUCUGUGCGGCGGUGGAAGCGUGCGUGCUGCACGGACUGCGGCGAAGAGCAGCGGGCUUUCUCCGCAGCAACAAGAUCGCCGCGCUCUUCAUGAAGGUGGCGAAGAGUUUCCCGUUGGCCGAGAGGCUGUGCCGCAAGGUGCAGGAGCUGGAGCAGGUCAUCGAGAGCAGGAAGGCCCAAGGGUCAAUCCCGCAGGAGAGUGUGCGGAGACCCCAGAAGAUGCCCAACCUGCCGGCUCAGGCCCUCAAGCACCUGUGGAUCCGCACCGCCCUCUUCGAGAAGGUUCUGGACAAGAUCGUGCAACACCUGGCCGAGAACUGCAGUAAAUAUUACGAGAAGGAGGCUCUGCUAAUGGAUCCUGUCGACGGGCCGAUCCUGGGCUCCCUGUUGGUCGGGCCCUGCGCCCUCGAAUACACCAAGAUGAAGACGGCCGACCAUUUCUGGACCGACCCGUCAGCCGACGAGCUGGUGCAGCGACAUCGCAUCCACAGCGCCCACUGUCGACAGGACUCACCCACCAAGCGACCCGCACUCUGUAUUCAGAAGAGGCAUUCGAGCGGCAGCAUGGACGAUCGCCUCUCCCUCUCCGCGCGCGACUACGUGGAGUCCCUGCACCAGAACUCCCGAGCCACCCUGCUCUACGGCAAGAACAACGUCCUGGUUCAGCCGAAGGAUGACAUGGAGCCUAUCCCAGGUUACCUCUCGCUCCACCAGACAGCCGACACCAUGACACUGAAGUGGACGCCCAACCAGCUGAUGAACGGCUCCGUGGGAGACCUGGACUAUGAGAAGAGCAUUUACUGGGACUACGCGAUGACCAUUCUCCUGGCCGAGAUCGUUUACCUUCACUGUCACCAGCAGAUCGACAGUGGCGGGACCGUGGUCCUGGUGAGUCAAGAUGGCAUCCAGCGGCCACCGCUGCGCUUCCCGAAGGGCGGGCACCUGCUGGCCUUCCUCUCCUGCCUGGAGAAUGGCCUCUUGCCGCGAGGGCAGCUCGACCCCCCGCUCUGGUCCCAGCGAGGAAAGGGCAAGGUCUUCCCGAAGCUGCGGAAACGGAGUCCCCCGGGAUCGGCAGAGUCGAGCUCGGACAAGGAGGAGGAGGAGGCUACGGACUAUGUCUUCCGGAUCAUCUUCCCCGGCACCAACCCCGACAUCGCCCCCCAGGACCUGAUGGACAUUCCGGGAGGAGGGAUCCCCCUCAUGUGGCAGCCCAGCGGACGCAAGUCGUCGUGCUCCUCCUGCUCGCAGGGCGGCUCGUCGGACGGAGGGGCCUCCAACGGGUGCAAUCACGAGAGGGCACCUCUGAAGAUGCUUUGUGACAACAUGAAGUAUCAGAUCCUGUCCAGGGCCUUCUACGGAUGGCUGGCGUACUGCAGGCACCUGUCGACGGUCAGGAAGCACCUGUCGGCGCUGGUCAACCACACCAUCGUCAGCCCGGCUGCGCCGUCCACCGCCGCCUCUGGUCUCACCCGCGACAUCUGGCGCCGCUUCCUCCACGACCGACUGGGCUACGAGGAAGUGGAGCUGCUCCGACUGAUUUACUACGGAGGGAUCGAUCCGGAGAUCCGGCGGGAAGUGUGGCCCUUCCUGCUGGGACACUACCAGUUCGGCAUGAGCGAGGCGGAGAGGGAGGAGGUGGACCAGGGUGUGCGGAGCGGCUACGAGCAGACGCUGGGGGAGUGGAUGGCGUGCGAGGCGGUGGUGCGGCAGAGGGAGCGGGAGUCUCACGCUGCCGCCCUGGCCAAGUGCUCUUCAGCCGUCAGCCUGGACGCCCAGGUCCAGCGCAUGAUGCACCGGGACUCCACCGUCAGCACCGAGUCUUCUCAGAGUUGCAGCUCUGGGAGGCAGGACCAUGCCCGGUUGCAGAGUGACUCCAGCUCGAGCACGCAGGUCUUUGACUCGGUGGAAGACGGUGAUGGGGAACAAAUGGAGAAAGAUGGCGGCAGCGGCAGCGGCGGCGAGAAGCCCGUGACCCGGGGACCCUGCUCCCCCGACCUUCGACCCCCGACCUCCUGCGGCUUCCCCCCGGCCCCCGCCGACUGGGAGCCGGGCCUGAGCGCGCAGGGAGGGGCGCGUGAAGCGGCGCCGGCCCCGGGCGAAGAGGCGGUGCCAGCAGGACUCGCUCUGCGCGGUGAGGAAGGGGCGGAUCCCGCCACGCAAGUAGUCCCUGGGGCGGAGGGAUCGCGAAGAGAUCCGCCCGUGGCGAAGGGGCCGGAAGUAGUCCCGGUGGCGGAGGGAUCUGAAGACUUGCACUGUGCUGCGGUUGGAGCAGAAGUAGUUCCUGUGGCGGAUGGGUUUGGAGAUCUGCCCUGGGCUUCCGGUGAUGGAUCUGAUGCAGUUCCCUUGGCGUCAGGCGGCUUGGAAGCAUUUUCAACGGCGGAAGGAUCGGAAGUUGUCGCCGUGGGGUCAAAGGGCUUGGAAGUAGUCCUGGCGGCGGAUGGAUCUGAGCUAAUUCCAGUGGCAUCAGGGGGCUUGGACGAAGUUCCCCUGGCAUCAGAUGGAUUGGAAAUAGUUCCCGUUGUGUCGGAAGCGUUGGAUGUCGUUCCAAUGGUGGAUGGAUCGGACGUAGUUGUCCCGAGGUCAGAAGGCUCAGAAGUAGUCCCGGCGGCGGAAGGAUUGCGACCAUUGGCGACAGACGGCUCGGAAGUAGUUCCAAUGGCGGAUGGAUCUGAACUCGUUCCCAUGGUGUUAGAAGGCUUGGAAGUAGUUCCAAUGGCGGAAGGAUUGCGACCAUUGGCGUCAGACGGCUUGCAAGUAGUCCUGGGGGCGGAGGGAUAUGAGGGCGACCGUUGGGCGUCAUUCGGUCCGGAAGUAGUCCUGGGGGCGGAGGGAUCGGAGGCAGCGGCUGCUGAGGACAGGCAGCAAGUAGUUCCCGUCGCGGGGCCGGUGAAGGUCGGCGUGGAGGGGCCCCAGGGGGCUCGAGGGGAGCUGAUGGAGGACGAGCUGCCCGGAGGAGAGAGAGGGGCGGAGAGGGGCUUGGGGCCGCACCAGACCGCAGCAGAGACCGGCAUCGCCCUAACAUCACCGGCCUCUUCCACUGGUAUCACCUACAACCAAGAGCUGCUGGACAUGUACACGGUGAACCUGCACCGCAUCGACAAGGACGUGCAGCGCUGCGACCGCAACUACUGCUACUUCACCCCCAGCAACCUGGAGAAGCUGCGCAACGUCAUGUGUAGUUACAUCUGGCAGCAUUUGGAGAUUGGUUAUGUGCAGGGGAUGUGCGACCUGCUGGCUCCUCUCCUCGUAGUUCUGGACAACGAGUGGAUGGCGUUCAGUUGCUUCACGCAGCUGAUGAAGAGGAUGAACCAGAACUUCCCGCAUGGAGGCGCCAUGGACACUCACUUUGCCAACAUGCGUUCCCUCAUCCAGAUCCUCGACUCCGAACUCUUUGAGUUAAUGCACCAGAACGGAGACUACACCCACUUCUACUUCAGUUACCGAUGGUUCCUGUUGGAUUUCAAGCGAGAGCUGGUCUACGGUGACGUGUUCUCCGUCUGGGAGACCAUCUGGGCGGCCAGCUAUGCCUCGUCCCCGCACUUUGUCCUGUUCAUCGCCUUGUCCAUAGUGGAGCUGUACCGGGACAUCAUCCUGGAGAAUAACAUGGACUUCACCGACAUCAUCAAGUUCUUCAACGAGAUGGCGGAACACCACGACACCAAGCAGGUUCUGAAGCUGGCCCGCGACCUCGUGUACAAAGUCCAGAAGCUGAUCGAGAAUAAGUGAGGAAGGGGAGCAGGGGGGGGCAGUGAGACGGGUCACCCCCGACUCUUCCCCCCGCGGCGGGCCACGUUGUGAGUGAAGCUAUCGGGCGAUCUCUACGUCGUUGUUCCUCGUGUUGCGUUUGUGCUGACACCUUGCGGCCUCGCCUUGUCGCAGGCCAACGAUGUACACGACUCCCCUCCCCUGUCGCUCGCAGACUAGCUUAAACACCCCUGUCGUUCUCCCCGCCCCCACCUCCCUCUCCUGAGCCCGCUGUUUCUGCCGGCUCCGUUUCUCGUGACGCGCGUUUUGCGCUCCGAUGAAGGAUUCCCGCCGGGCGACCAGUCCCUGGGUUAUCAUGAGAGGAGGUUGUACUCUCCCGAGAUUUGUCACG